AUGUCUCAAGGAGUAACAUUUCCCGAAUGGCAGCUCGAUACAGAUGUGUCAGAAUGCUUUCUUUGUUCUACUCCAUAUAAUAUAUUUUUUAGGCGACAUCAUUGUAGAAAAUGUGGAAGAGUCGUUUGUGGCGAAUGCUCAGCUCAAUCACUACAUUAUUUCGAUAAUACCCCUAUAGCAUCUCCACCUGGAAUAAUAACACAUGAAGGAGGUGGUAGUGGAAGUGGAAGUGGAGGUGGUAGCAAUAGUGGAGGUGGAGGUGGAGGUAGUGGCAGUGGCAGUGACACUGCUACUGGUAAUAGUCAAAUACAGGGCCAAUAUUCCAAACCAAAUGAAGUUUAUAGGACAUGUGAUGAAUGUGCCAAUAACAUUUUAAUCAUACGACGUGUUUUAUUCAAUAAUCCAGAUUCUUGUCAAAUAAAUGAAGAAAUAAGAGAUAACAGAUUUAUUAAACAUGCAAAUUCUCGUGAGUACACAAGACAUGUGAACUCAUCGUCACAUACCCCACCAUCACCAUCUCUACUGGAAAUACGAGGUCGAGGCCGAGGCCGAGCCUUGGGAGCCUCAAAAGCUCGAGACAGUUCAAGCGAAGGCAAUCUAUGUCCUGUAUGUGCAACUGAUCUAUUAAAAGAGUACAUUGAAUUGCGCAAUAAUAUAGAAAACAUAUCAACUCAAGACUUUGAAAAAUUCAAAGAAGAGCAUAUAAACGAAUGUUUGACUAAAUUCGAUUUCAAUACUGAUCAUUCAUGUAGGUUUUCACCUGGUCUGAAUCCAAGAAAUAAAAUGUUGGUUUACAAUAUCCCGCCAAUACCAGAGCCACAAUACGAAAGUAUAGAUGAAAUUGCUAGAGAAAAUAUGGCGGGCCCACCUCUGGAAAAGCUGGAAGAAUUGAAUGAAUGUGUUAUUUGCUUGGAAGAUCUAAAACCUGGUGACAAAGUGGGCCGUUUGGAGUGUCUUUGUGUUUUCCACUAUAAGUGCAUUAAAGACUGGUUUAAUAAGAAGGGAUAUGGCGAGUGUCCUGUACAUUUCCUUCAUAAAUAA